AAAACCCAAUAUAGAGGGAAAAACUGCGGGUGGAAGAAAUCCACCGAUUGUACUAUGAGUGAUCGAACGUUACAAUGUAGUUUUAUGGCUUAGAGAUUGCUAAGUAUUGAACUGCCUUUCUCAGGUUACAAGAGUAUCUAUUUAUAAGCAAUUAACCUUCUCAGAUCCGUCGUUAUCCGUUGAAGCUCAAUGAUUAUCUUCCGUGAUUCUAGGAAGUCAGUUAAUUGACCUUUUCCUCCUGACUUGAACAACAGAUCUUUUUUUUUUAAAUGAUAAAACCAAUCGGAUAUGCAUUCCUAGUCAAACAAACUCCUGAAUUAUAGAGACGUCAGUUACUGCCUUUGACUCGUGCUACUAGUUGACAUAUGAACUCCAAGACGCGUCAUGAAAAUUCCGCACUAACAAUUAACCCCGGAUUGUUGCUUUGGAUUCCUCGAGAUUCGAAGGAACAAUCUUACAAUGCCAACACAGCGCACUAACCCUGAAUAAUCUGACCGUUACUCUAGCUUGUCCAGAUUUUUCAACUUCCAUGUCUUUUCACGUUUUCCCACUUCCUUUGAUGAGAUAACUGCUAACUACUCAUUAUAAAUGCUGAUUUAAUUGAGAAGUUAAUUUUUCCAACUCGCUUCCAAACUUUUUCAAAAAUUUUCAAAUACUCUAAAUCAAAGGAUUCCGGUUGAGCUCCUUGAAUAAUUCCAGUGCGAUCUUUCCUUUCGCGUUCAGGUAAUUUCUUUGACUUUAUCUUUUAAUUUUUUCAAUAUUUUUGCUUCGAAAUGAAGGGGGUAGCUCUAGAUCUAGGUUUUCACUUAGAAUUUUGGAGAAAUCUAUUGAUUUACCUGUUGAUAUCAUGGCGACGAACGAGAACCCUGCAAGUACAAUUACAGAAGGGGAACUUCCGUCCUUCUCUUCCAUGGCGGGCUUCCCCGAGAGUGCUCUGAUGAUAGUCCCUUCCAAUGACUAGCGUCCUAAAGACUGUCCUGAAAUCACGUCGUCUUUUAUGAAUAUCCCUUUAAGCUGGGGUUUAAUUUCCAAUUUAAUGCUUUGACCCGCUCCUUCAUGGAAGUGCUUGAUCUGAGCCCAGGGCAAGUGAUGCCUCUAGUCUGGAGAGUUGCGCAAGUAAUUGCGAAAGUUACUGAAAGUUGGGAAGAUCCGUUCAAUCUUUCCGAUUUAGCUCAUGUGUACAAGAUCCACGUCAAGGCUUCUAACAGGUGUACCCUCCAUGUGCGACGUGGUCGUUCUCCUUUGGUUGGGAAUGUGAAUACCAAUGAUCGUGGAUGGAAGACACGCUAUGUAUUCGUUGACAAGGAAACUCUUGGGGAGGGCGCCCAAUGGAUGAGGACUGGAUGGCGCGGCGGAGUGAUUGACGUGAACGCCAUUGUUGCGGGGGAUAAGAGUGACGGCAAAGUAAGAGCCUUUCUGAGGUUCCCUUUGAAGGACAGGACGUUUCCUAGUACUGGCGCUGACACUUCAGAGCGAUCCGGCUCAGAUUCAGAGGAAGACGUGAGAUUUCUCGACGAGAUUACAACCAUGGUUUCAGACGCCGCCCAUUCUUCUAAGAGCAAGGCUCUUUCCAUUCCCCAUACGGAGAUGUUGGAAAGGGCUAUGAAAAAGAGAAAGAAGUUGACGCCAAAGAUACAAGUUAAGGAGGAAGAAUAUGAGGUCAAGGUUCCUGCUUGCUUCUUGUUUGGGGAACCUAAUGCUGCGUCGCUGUGGCCUACCACAGAGAAGUGUUCUUCCCUGGUUCUGCGAAGCGUUUAAGUCAGUUUUCUGCUCCGGAGAUAGUGAGUGAGGCCAUAAACCUACAAUUGAACUCUUUUCAGGAUAUGCUGGCCAUCAGAGGCCAUUUUAUUUCUAACGAAAAAAAGAUGCGUACUAUUAAAGCAGCGCUUACCAGUGCCAGGGGGGAGACUCAUGCCAACAAUGAGGAACUAGCCAAAGCUAAACGCUCGCUGGAGGCUGCGCAGAAAUUUUUGGGAGAGAAGAAUUAGGAGGUCGCCAAAUUAAAAGAUGACGUCAAGGAAUUAAAUCAGAAAGUAGCUGACCUGACUAAGAGCGCAACUGACUUGGAAAAAGAGCUAAUUGAAGUCCAGGAGGAUGCCAAGGACUCCAAGUGUUUUGACCAGCUGACCGGUCAUGCCAAGGUGCUGAGACGUUUCCUGGCUGGUCGUCUGUCGAAGGAAGAUGCUCAGAAAGAGGUGGACGUCUUCCUCGCGCAACUAGGUACUGAGGCUGAUCUUGCGUCGGAGACAGAGAAAGAUGAUGAGGAUUCAAAGUCUACAGCUGAGUCUAUGCCGACCUUUGUGGAUACGUCUAACGUCUUGGCUGAAGCUCCAAUUUGCACCACUGGGCCAGAUCAGGGCGUUAAGGAAGCUGCUUGUGACGCUUGACUGUUGAUGUCUCUUUCUUCUGAUUUUAUGCUUGACUUGUUUAUUUUUGAACUAGUAAACUUUUGGUA